GUUUUUUCUGCUUUCCCUCUUCUCCAAGGAACCAGGACAUAAAUGAAAAAUGCUUUAUUACUUUCUUAAUAUUAUUAUUCGAUUCGUCAAGUAAAGAAAACCUCUUAUUUAUUUAUUUCAGAUUAACUAACAAUAAUCUCUUUGGUCGGUUUUUAAUCAAAGGUGAUGGUAGACACAGAGCGGACUCAGAAUCCAUGGGUGAGUAUUACGGAGGAGGCCUCAAAAGUAGAAGAAAUAAACGGUCACGAUCUAUUGAUGUCGGAAUCGGUGGUUAUAGAUGGAAAGGAGCCUGGAAUCUAUGCUCAUGAGCCUCACCAAUCAAAUAAUAGUAAACCUGACUGGAAAUUAGGGUUUGGUGAAAGAGCUUUCUCUGCUGCUGGUGCGGCCUUUCUAUCAGCAAUUCUAGUUAAUCCUCUUGAUGUUGCCAAGACAAGAUUGCAAGCGCAGGCAGCAGGAGUUCCUUACUCCCAUCCCUUAAGUAACAUUGUUAGUCGAAUGGCAUACUUUGGGCCAAAUAUGAUGUUUGCUGAUUUGAGGUGUUCACCAUCAUGUGCCCGUGCUGGAGUUCAUGGAACUGUUUCUAUUUGUCCUCCUGAUUGUUUUCAGUACAAAGGAACUCUAGAUGUUUUCUACAAAAUCAUACGCCAGGAAGGAUUUGCUAGGCUAUGGAGAGGAACAAAUGCUGGUCUUGCUUUGGCUGUACCAACGGUGGGAAUUUACCUACCAUGCUAUGAUGUUUUUCGCAACUUGAUGGAGGAAUUUACCUCUCAGAAAGUUCCUGGUGCAACACCAUAUGUGCCUUUACUAGCAGGUGCACUGGCACGUUCUUUAGCUUGUGCAACUUGCUACCCAAUUGAACUUGCAAGAACUCGCAUGCAGGCAUUUAAAGCAGUCCAAAGUGGCAUGAAACCUCCUGGGGUUUUGAAAACUCUUCUGGAGGUCCUCUCCCAUGUUAGGGGCACAGAUAACAUUCAACACAACUUGAGAGGCUAUCGAGCAUUAUGGACAGGCAUGGGGGCCCAGCUUGCUCGUGAUGUUCCCUUCUCUGCCAUUUGUUGGUCAACUCUUGAGCCAAUCAGGAGAAGGCUGUUAGGUUUGCUUGGUGAGGAAUCUAGUGCUGCAAGCAUUCUUGGAGCAAAUUUUUCUGCUGGUUUUGUUGCAGGAAGUCUUGCUGCUGCUGCUACCUGUCCUCUAGAUGUGGCCAAAACUCGAAGACAGAUAGAGAAGGAUCCUGUUAGGGCAUUGAGGAUGACAACACGGCAAGUGUUGAUGGAGAUUUGGAGAGAUGGAGGAAUGAAGGCACUGUUCACAGGUGUUGGACCUCGUGUUGGCCGUGCAGGCCCAUCAGUAGGGAUUGUGGUUUCAUUUUAUGAAGUUGUGAAGUAUGUUUUGCAUAAUCGUUAUGCAACUUCCUGACAAAGGGAGUUCGAUGUGCUUCAUGAGCUCUUUUGGUCUCUGUUAAAUCAAUUUUUGGAGAUGGUAUAGGAGCAGACUUGGCUUUGAAGAAGCAGCAGCUCCUGGAUACGUUGUGAAUAAUACUGCGAGCAAAGAAGAAAAUAGAGUUCUAACUGUGUUAGGUUGUGUUCUCUAGGCCUGCAAGUGCAUGACAAAUCUUUGUGAUCAUUUGCGAUCAAUUUUGUUUUCCUGGUUACAUAGAAAAUACUGAUGGAGCAAAAAAAUUUUGGAAGGUCCCCUUUUCUAGGUUUUUGCUGAGUUUUGAUCUCAGUUGUCAAACUUAUUAUGGACUAUAGUUUUUUUGCUAACCCACUUCUGUAGAAGGUUCUCGCCAACCUGAACGUUCCUGCGAGAUGGUGGGUACAUCAUUUUGCAGUUAGGGAUUAUUUUCUUUUGGAUUUUGAAAUAAUGAAUAGUACAAGGGACAGAGUUGACUCGA